CACAAAAAAAAACAUACAAACCUAUUACAAAGGCAUAAACCCCUAAACGGCUAAAACCCUACUCCCAAUUGAUCGCCUGAACAAUGAGAGCACCCAAAUCCAGGAAAUUCAAGCUCCAGAAACGCCUCACCGAGGUCCAAGAAAUCGAGCUACUCGAAUCAUGGAUUGAUUCCUGCAAACCCGACGCCGGCUCUAACCCUCUCUCCCUUUCUCCGCCAUCGAAGAAAUCGCCUAUCGGCAGGCUUCCAGACGGCUCCUUUUCUCCCUAUGCCGGCGCCGACAAGUUUUUCCAACUACCGCUAUCCAAGAGGACCAAGGAUGGUUUGGCCGCCUCUGAUUACACAAAAAUGACCGACAUUCAGAGGGCUUCUCUGCCUCAUUCCCUAUGCGGCAGAGAUAUCUUGGGAGCUGCUAAAACCGGCUCUGGGAAGACUUUAGCGUUCGUUAUCCCGGUUUUAGAGAAGUUGUAUCGAGCUAGAUGGGGUCCAGAGGAUGGGGUAGGAUGCAUCAUCAUGUCUCCUACAAGAGAAUUAGCUGGACAGCUUUUUGAAGUUCUAAAAAAAGUAGGAGUGCACCAUGGAUUUAGUGCUGGCCUUUUGAUUGGUGGUCGUAAAGAUGUUGUCGAAGAAAAAGAGCGUGUUAACGGGUUGAACAUUUUGGUCUGUACUCCUGGCAGACUUCUCCAACACAUGGAUGAAACUCCAAAUUUUGAAUGUUCACAACUCCAGGUUUUAGUUCUUGAUGAGGCUGAUCGUAUUCUUGAUGUGGGAUUCAAGAAAGAAUUAAAUGCUAUAAUAUCUCAACUACCAAAACAAAGACAAACCUUCCUUUUCUCAGCAACUCAAACAAAGUCUGUUCAAGAUCUUGCAAGACUCAGUCUGAAAGACCCAGAAUAUCUUAGCGUGCAUGAGGAGUCUACUACUGCUACUCCUAAUCGUUUGGACCAGACUGCUAUGAUUGUUCCCCUUGAACAAAAGCUUGACAUGCUUUGGAGUUUUAUAAGGACACACCUUAAUUCACGAAUUCUGGUAUUUCUUUCGAGUUGCAAGCAGGUAAAAUUUGUGCAUGAAGCUUUCAAGAAACUCCGACCAGGAAUUCCGUUGAAAUGUCUUCAUGGAAGGAUGAAGCAGGACGGACGUAUGGGAAUAUAUGCAUCAUUCUGUGAACAGCACUCCGUUUUGUUUUGCACUGAUGUUGCAUCUAGAGGGCUUGAUUUCAACAAGGCUGUUGACUGGGUUGUUCAGGUAGAUUGCCCAGAAGACGUUGCUUCUUACAUACACAGGGUCGGGAGAACUGCUCGUUACCUUUCAGGUGGGAGAUCUGUGUUAUUCCUCGCACCCUCAGAGACAAAGAUGCUUGACAAAUUGCAAGAAAAAAAGAUUCCUAUUCGAAUCAUUAAGGCAAAUACAAAAAGAUUGGAAUCUGUUUCUGGUUCAUUGGCAGCUUUGUUGGUCAAGUAUCCUAAUCUACAGAGUCUGGCCCAGAGAGCCUUCAUUACUUAUUUGAAGUCCAUCCAUAAACAGCGCGAUAAGGACAUUUUUGAUGUCACUAAACUUCCAAUUGAUGAAUAUUCUGCAUCAAUAGGUCUUCCCCUGACUCCCAGAGUUCGGUUUCUGAAACAAAAAGUUAAGGGCAAAAAAGUUUCUGAAGAUCUUGCCCUGGUGCCAGAAAGCCAGUCUGAUGUGAAUCCUUCUGAACUCUUAAGAGGAACUGUGAAUGCAGUAAAGCCUGAGAAAGCAGAGAUUGGGUUAGAAGAGAGUUUUCUUUUGGAAAAGAAAGCACAGCUUGAAUUGAAAGAUAGUAUUCUGUUGGAAAAGAAAGCACAGCUUUUUGGAGAAGAAAAUGAAACUGAUAUUAGAGAUGAUCUGAAUGCUACAAGGGUCUUGAAGAAAAAGAAGUUGAAGAUCAAUAUGCACAGGCCUGUGGGUACUAGAGUUGUAUUUGAUGAUGAAGGAAACACCUUGCCGCCUCUUGCAACAUUAGCAGACUCCAAUGCUGGAUCAGAUUCCGUCAAGCUGGACAAGGACAAAGUAAGUCAGCGAUAUGCAGAGUUGAGAGAAAUGAUGAAAGUGGUAGAUAAGGAAGAUAAGGCCAUAGAGCACAAGCGUCGGAAGGAAAAGCGUAUCAAGCAAAAGAUGAAAUUGAAAAGGGGUAGAGAAGAGGAUGACGAUGACGAUGACGAUGAUGAUGAAGUUAGUGAGGAUGAUCUAUCUGGUUCGGGCAGAGAAGCAAGUAUGAGCCGACCAAAUAAAAAAGGCAAGAAAUAUUUCAACAGUGAUAGUGAUAAUGAAGAUGGUGAGAGGGGCAAAGGCGAGAACAACACAGCUCCAAUUACAGUGGCGGAGCAAGAAGAACUGGCUCUUAAGCUGCUCAGCUCAAUGCAAUAACAGACAUGAGGGCCUUUUGAUUUUAAAGCGAUUGUUGUAUGCUGGGAGAGGGUUUUAAAUGUUCUUGUCUAAAGAGUAAUGCUCAAGGCAACAAAAAGUGGUCUGCAGGUUUAUUUUUGUAGAAGGGUGCUUCCUUAUUAUUAAGGUUACAUCAUUAAUUUACGUAUUGAUUUAUAGUUGUACACUAGAGAAUAUAUACCAACAAUUUAUAGGCAGGAGACGGCAUUGUUAAUUGUUAACUAUUGAAUAUUUUUUUUCUGGUUGA